GUAGUUGGUGUGGCUCUGGCUCUGACAGCCGCUGUAGGCUAUACAGCCUACCAGGUGAUGUUUCGCUGGAUCUUUGGGCAUUUGAAGCAGAACGUAUCCUUCCUGGCUUACUUUUUCUCCUGGAUCAGCGCGUGGCACUUGCUGAUAGUGCUUCCCAUGGUCUUGGCGGCCCAUUCUGCUGGCAUUGAGCAGCUCCAGCUGCCACAUGGGCUCCUUGCUCUCAUUGGCACUGGAGUUUCCGCACUCAUUGCUUCGACUGUGAACGUUCUCUACCUUUGUAUAGUAAUGUGGGGAUCUCCCAUGCUUCUGCCAAGCACUUCUGCCUUGUCUGUCCCACUGACAGUAGUUCUUGAUAUCGUCUUGCACAACCAGCGGCCUGAGAAUCUCGAGCUGAUGGGUCAAGGUAUGGUACUGCUGUCAGUUGUACUUAUCAUGCAGCUGUACAAGGUGGUUCUGCCCAAAGGACUUGCACUGAAAAGUGAGAUGAUGUCUGUCUGA